AAACUCAUUGGUCAGAUUCAGACAGACAUCAGCGAAUGACUACAGUCUCAUCAUGACUCACUUUGUUAAACUCCAUUCACUUCAAAAAAAAGUCUCCAUUGUUCAUUAAAAAAUUGCCAAAAAGUCUCCACUCUCUUUCUCCUUUGAUCAUAUACUCUCUCGAGUGUGUUGUCUCUCUCUUUCACUCUCUCUGCCCAUACAUGGAGGAUGGUGAUUCUAACCAAGACAAUCUCCACUCUCUUCCCACAAACAACGACGUGUCCUCUCCCAAGAAGCCAUCCACUUCCUCCAUCGUCGUUGACAGGCUAAAACGCGAUGAAUGGAGCGAAGGAGCUGUCUCGAGUCUCCUCGAAGCCUACGAGACGAAAUGGGUGCUCAGGAACAGAGCCAAGCUCAAGGGUCAAGACUGGGAAGACGUGGCUAGACACGUUUCUUCACGCGCUAGUCACACCAAGUCUCCCAAGACUCAGACGCAGUGCAAGAACAAGAUCGAGUCCAUGAAGAAACGGUACCGUUCUGAGUCAGCCACUGCAGAUGGUUCUUCUUGGCCUCUUUACUCUCGUCUUGAUCAUCUCCUCCGUGGAAAUGCUUCCACCUCUGUCCAGCCUCAGGCUGUUCUGCCUCUUAACUGUUCUGGUCCUUUGCUCUUACUCGAGCCUCCGUCACCGGCCGUGGCUCAUCCGUGGCAGCAACCUCCUGCUGCUCAGGCUUCUCACGGGUCCAACGGUGUCGGCAGGACUCCCAAGGAAGAGGGAUUCAAACCUGAGAAAGCCACUGAGAUGGACACAGAUAGCAGCACACCGGUUCUCUGCAGAGAGAAAGCGAAGGUGAGGCCAAAGAAAGUAAGGAGAAGAUACAAGGAAGAGAAGGAGGAGAUAGCAGGAAGCAUACGGUGGUUAGCUGAGGUGGUGAUGAGAACAGAGAGAGCGAGAAUGGAGACGAUGAAAGAGAUAGAGAGGAUGAGAGCUGAAGCAGAGGUGAAGAGAGGAGAGAUGGAUUUGAAACGAACAGAGAUAAUGGCCAACACUCAGAUAGAGAUUGCUAGACUCUUUGCAGCUUCUGGACAUAAAGAUGGUGUUGAUUCUUCACUAAGGAUUGGAAGAAACUGAGAAAAUUUUAUUAUUGUUCACUGAGGAUGAAUGGUUACUCCUUCAAAUGUAUUUUUAAAUAAUAAUAAAUAUGAUCAAUCUAGCUUGUAGAGAUAUCACUACCAACUCAGAUUGAUUUAGCAUGUGAUAGUCUAAUUGCAUGUGGGUCUAGUCUUACUCUUGUUAAUGUUAGUUGUGGAAGGGCACCUAAACGGUAAUGUACUAUGAAAUGAGAACAAAUGUGGUAAAGAUGAUCUAAAUUGAAUUUGGAUUAG